AUGACAUGGCAGCGCGGCGCGGGCAUGACGGAGGAUUCUCUGCCAGAAACCUUUGAAAAGGAUGUCGCGCCACGGAUAGCCCUCCCUCUGCCUUUGACCGACUUAUUGCGUGCCAGCACCGGCCUUUGGGCCGCCGCUCUGGCGCUGACGACCGUCUAUCUCCGCCUGUGCCGGACCUCCGGCUCGGAGCCAACAUCUCCGGGGACCCAGCCCGACCCGGCGGCCACCGGCGUCCACUGCCAUUACUACGACUUUGCCGUCGCCGAUCUCGUCCACCAGCUAAGAAUAUGUCCCGGCCCCGACGCCGCCGACGCUCUCGUCCGUGCUGCCAUCCUCCUCAUCUACCGCGACACCGCCGUCGGCUCGCACCGGGACGUCGGCGGCUACCUGCGCCAGCCGGAGGCCCUCUCGGCCGCCGUCGACCUCACCUCACGCUGCCACCAGGCCCUCCUCCGUGCCUGGCUGUUUUUCUCGUUCGACAUGAGGCUGUGCUCGCUGGUUACGCGCAAGUCCGUCGCUGGGCCGCUCCCGCCGCCGCAGCAGACGUGCGCCCCUUGGGAUAGCCGGCUGAUGAUCCAGGUCAUCUUCUCCUCCCUCUCGCGGCUUCACGGCCGGGCCGUCAUGGAGGCUUCCUUAUCGAAGCCCGACGGCGGCGACCCCGGAGGUGGCGGUAAUAAGAAGGCGAGGCAGAGCGCGUCGAGACGGGCCGUCGAGUGGCUCUGUUCCCGGUGCGACCUCCGCCAGUGGGAGCAGCGCGACUACUACGACGAGACCCUCUCGGACGAUGCCAUCACGCGCAGUGCCGCACUCGACGCGUGGCACCGCGCCACCGCGCGGAACGACCUCCCCGUGCCGUGCCUCGGGGCGGGCGCCGAGGACGUGGUCGCUGAGGGUGCCUUUGGGGCCGUAGUGCCGUAUGACAUCCCCGACCGCGGCGCGGCCAUCGAAUACUCGCUGUACCUGAUCUCCCGCAUGACGUGUUUGUAUCUCCAGUCCCGAUACCUGGCCCGGGACCCCAAGCACGCGCCCGUCUUCGACUCGGACGCUCUGGCGAGGGUCGCAGUCACCAUCCUGCUCAAGACCGGGCCGGCGCAGCCGACGGCGUUCGGCGAGCCGAACGUCCUAAUGCUGCUCUACAUGACCGCGCUGGUGUCCAAAGGCACCGCCAUCGCCACGGCGGUGCUCGAGGGCGUGCUCCCCCGGUUCAUGAAGAACGGGAACAUGCCGACGGUGGAGCGCGACGAGAUGCUGUAUAUGGAGAGGCUUAUAGAGGUGGUCGUCCGGGAGAGGUACCGGGGCCGGUCGGUUCGUUUCGCGAUCGAUAGCUACGAAGAGGAUCACAGGAGAGAUGCGACGUGUUCGUCGCGCCAGCGGAAGAUUGUCGUCUUUGGCGACUUUGGCGGACGAGGCCAUUUCCGGGAUGUCGUGUACAUGGGUUCGAAUGCUUGUACGGAUGUUCUAUGA